GCUCUUUUUUAGUGAUUUUAGAGAAAGAGAGCAUGAGUGAGGGAGAUCAUCCAGAGUACGGUUUAACAGUGAGCUAGAGAGAGAGAAGGUGAGAGAGACAGAGAGAGGGUGAGAGUGAGAGAGAGAGAGAGAGAGAGAGGGAGAGAGAGAGAGAGAGGGAGAGCUCCUGGCAUGGCGUGGAUCACAAUGGCUUCCCGGACCCACUUCCUUCAGUUCUGUGUGCUCUGCACUUUCCUUCUCACCACCGCGGACAAGAGGGUGUUUCGUUCUCAGUCAGAGGCCGACACCGUCCUUCAGAGGCCCCGGAGGUCAAACUCUUUCUUCCUGGAGGAGAUACUGCAGGGGAGCCUGGAACGGGAGUGUUUCGAAGAGACCUGCGACUACGAGGAGGCCAGAGAGUACUAUGAAGACACCCCCAAAACAGAUGCCUUCUGGGCAAAGUAUCAAGAUGGGGACCAGUGUAUCCCCAACCCCUGUCUCAAUGGUGGCAACUGCACGGAUAAAGUUGGUGGAUACAGCUGUGCCUGCAAAGAGCCUUAUGAUGGAGUGAACUGUGAGAGGGACGUGACCCAGUGCCAUUCAGAGGGACCCCUGUCAUGUGACCACUUCUGCAGGCCCAUGGACAACUCAUAUCACUGCUCCUGUGUCGAGGGGUACAGCAUUCACACUGACGGACGGACCUGUCUGCCUGAGGCCCAGCAUGCCUGUGGGAGGGCACCAUUACCAAGGCUCAGUGAGCAGAACCGGCCCAACCCGAAGUCCAGUCUGGCCAGCCUGCUGUGUCAGCAAGGCCGCUGCCCAUGGCAGGUCAGGCUGCUGGAUGAUGCAGGACAGGAGCUCUGCAGCGGAGUGGUCCUGGGGCAGCGCUCCAUCCUGACGGCUGCAGCCUGCGUCUCCGAGUCCAAGAGCAUCCUGGUCUCGCUCAGUGAGCCGACCGUUGACAUUGGAGACCAGGUGCAGGUGUGGCCAGACGACAAGCCACGCCCUCCCAGGGUCCUGGGGCAGGUCUCCUCGGUGUCCCGGUUCUCCGUUCACAAGCGGUACCGGACGGGGGAGCCGGAGGACAACCUGGCCUUCCUGCAGGUGUACAGGUCCAUACAGUUCGACACGGGCGUCUUCCCCGUCUGCGUCCCGGAGAAGGACUUCAGUGAGAACGUGCUGAUGGAGCCGGGUCGGGAGGGCUUGGUGGCGGGGCGGGGGACAGGGGGCAAACGGGGCAGCCCAAACCGCCUGGCCUACCUGCCCCUGGAGGAGUGCCAGGGCAGCCUCAACGUGAGCUUCCCGCUCACCAAUAAGAUGUUCUGCAUGGCGGGGUGGGGGGGUGGAAGCUGCGCCCUGCUGCCCGGGACCCCUUUGGUCAGCGUGCGGAAGAACACGGCCUUCCUCACGGGACUCAUCACCUCGCCCCAGAAGCACAACUGCAGCCAGGGCCACGUCUUCACCAAGCUAUCCCGCUACCUGCCCUGGAUCCGCCAAGAGCUCAGCCUCUCUGAGAAGUGAAGGCGUCCAUUGGUCAUGUGACCUCCACCUUCAGGGCUCCACAGCUGCCACGCCUGCAUCAGCACUUCGUCCAUAGUGGCCCUGUAACAGUACUAGUGCCCCAGUGACUGCUGCUGGGAACUUAAAGGUAAAGCAGGAGCAUUCGUUGGGACUGACCAUUUGUAUACACCCUCUGGAACCCACACAAUCUUUUACCACAGAGGUAUCAAAUAAAAGGCUUGUGU